AUGACAUCUGUGAAACGAUGUAGAACAUCUUGUACUUGUUGGCAUCCAUUGUUACCCACGUUUCCAGCUCGACUUAUUUUUGCUUUUCGAACGUUAAUAGGAAUUGCUUGUUGUGCAACGCUCACUCUUUCUCCAGUUACGUCCAACGCAAUUCGCGGACAACUGUUGUUAAGUAUUGGUUUUAUCGUGGCUAUUAAAACUACACUCGGAGAAACGAUUCAAACUGCUUGUCGACUCUAUUUAGCUGGUGGUAUCGCUGCUAUCUACUGCCUGUUCAUUGUGCAAUUAUUUCCUGCAGAUAUCUACAUUGCUGUUGGUGCCACAAACAUCUUUGUUCUUCUUAUCGUUUACACCGAUCUACCAGUAACCGUACGUCGAUUUUCGAUCUUACCUACUUGUAUUAUACUUUUACAAUGGUUUAAAAAAUCUCAUAUCAACACAGUUUACAUUCUUCACGCCUGGGCAUCGUUAUCAAUCGGUUGUAGUUUGGCAGUAGCUGUCUCGUGUAUUCCAUUACCGUUGAUUCCAACUGCGUAUCGUGAACUGACUAAGAGAAUGAAAUUUAUUGCUGGACAAAUUCACCGUGAAAUAGCCGCCACUGUUUUAUUAAUAUCGGAAUAUCAUAAUAUUCAUCUACAGAAUAGUUAUAAUCAUGAAAUGGAUCGUCAUAAGAGUCAAACUGAUGGCCGUAGUGAAGAUGAGAUUAUUCUGCCAACCAAUUCCUUCCGCGAAGAUGAUCUUUAUGAUCAUUCGACGUCAUUUGAAAAUCUCAAGGAUGAUCAUCUUUUAAAAAGUGAUAUUCAAGAUUUGCAUUUAUUAGUCAAUGGUGAAAUUAAACAUAUGCAACGCGCUUUAGAAGAAAUCUCAUAUGAACCGUAUUUCAUCUAUUUAAGAGCAAGUAAUCUCAUGCGACGCCUUUUGCGUUUGAUUCCAUGUUUAAAGAAGUUUAUUGACAAACCAUCAACGUUGGAAAAACGAUUAGAAGUCUGGGCUGUUUGCUUUGCUUCGUUACAGCGAACAAUUACUGGAAUGUUGUCUUUAGACCACCAUCAUCAUGCGUUUGUUGGCCAACGAAAGCUGAUUAAUGCGAUUUGCCUUCUACUUGACUCAACAUUUCAUUUUCUGGAGUCUGUACUUCCAUAUACAAUCUCAUCAGAACGUCGUAUAAACAUCUCGAAUAUGGUUACGUGUCGUGCGAAAGUUGAAGAAGCACUAGAGCAUUUCUUUGAGACCUACGCUCAAGUACGAGAAAAUCGUUUUCAUUCAAAUAUGUCCAAUACUGAUUCGAUACUUUUAAACACUUUUCUCUUGCUCGUCUUACGUCUUGUUCACGUUGUUAUAACGGCAGCUGAGGCAAGUGAGACACCCGGUGUACGUCUUGACAGCGACAUGGAACAGCCAACAGCGGAUUCUCCAUUGUUGAACAAAGAAUCUCAUUGGAAGAUUUACUUUCGUGAUCUGAUCGAUUAUAUCGGUUUAAAACCAUCAUUUGGCAAAUUUAUACGUGCUUUCAAAACAAGUUUAAGUGUUCUCGUGUCAGCAGUCGUUGUUUUGAAAUAUCGCGAGCGUUUACAAGCAUAUGGUUGGGUUUAUUGGGCUCCGAUGACCACAGCAUUAGUCUCUGAUUCUUCUGAAGGUGGAACGAUUCGUUUAUCAGUUCAGCGUCUCAUGGCUGUUCUACUUGGAUCAACCUAUGCGUACGUUAUCGUUCUUGUCGCUCAAGAGGAGUUGGCAGUUGGUAUAUUUAUAUCGAUAUUCGUUGCAUUUAUGGGUUACAUUAAAACAGAUCCACAAAAAGAAUAUUUUGCAAAUGUCUGCGCUCAAUCAGCAUCGAUUAUCACAUUUAUUUCCAAUCAAGAAGGAAUCAAAGAAUCAAACAAGGCAGUACUUGCGCGAACAAGUCUGACGUUUUUAGGUAUAUUCAUUCAUGUGAUAAUUUCCAAUCUGUUCUUACCUGUAUCUGCACGAGGAUUGAUAAAAAAGAAAGUUCUAAUGAUGAUCAAUCAUGUUUCUUCGGCAUUGAAGAUCGCUACUGAUGAUUUUUGUUCGUUUAUCGAACCAACCACGGUGAAUUCAAAUAUAGCAGAUCAAUCAGCAUCAUCAUCAUCAAAGAAAAAGCCUUUGUAUUUAACCGACACAUUGUCUGAAAUUGAAUUAAUCACUGACGAUUUUCCCGAUUUACUCGAGGAAGCGCUUAGUGAGCCAAAUCUCUGGAAGCGUCCAUUCGCCGAAGUCAAAGACCGAUACGAUGACAUAUCGAAAACAUUACGUCGAAUUAUCCUCAACAUUCGAUUUGUUCAUCGAUGCACAACAAUUCUCAAAGCAGAAACCAAAUUACAUCUCGCACAAGAAGCAAAAUGGCAAGUUCGUCAGCCAAAUCUCGUACCUAUGAAUAGUAACAAUUCAAAUACCGACAUGCGAGCAUCUCAUGCAUGGACAAUGACAGAGUUGCGUAAACAAAAGCAAUUACAAGAUGACCUUGAUAUUCCAUUGACAAUUUUUAUGACAUAUACUCCCCGAUCGUCAGCCCGAUUCGAAAGAAGCUCUAUUAUAUCGAACAAUUCACUGACGUCACUUCGAAUGACGAACACCGCAUCUUAUCAACCUGUUCUUCAGAAUAUCUCUGCACUGGAAAAACACAUCCAGCAAGUUCUAACAUACACAAGACAAUUACUCGAAGAACAAGCGACUGUUGAUGUUGGUGCAUUUGAUUUGCAGCAACUUUGUCGCGAAGAUUCAUUCGAUGAACGUACGAAAAAACCGAAUGAGAACAACAAUAAUCACCGCCGUUCAUCAUUUAAACCUAUUCGACAAUUUCAAGCAAUUCCAAUUUCAACUAAUCAUUAUAAAUUCUUUCCAUUUUGCCAUUCAAGUCAACAGCAAGACAAUCAACCUUUGCCAUCCCUUCGCCAAGCAGUUGACCUGAUGCUUGCAGCAUUAAUCCAAUUUCUUUAUGCGAACAAUCACUUCAUUCGAACUGAACUAGUGUCUACACAAUCUAUUGGAGAUAUUCUCGCUUUUCAUACGUUAUCCUAUGCGUUGAAAGAUAUGGUUGAAGCGACAACAGAUUUAGCGAAGAAUGCGCGAAGAAUAAAACAUAUCGAUACGCGUACAUUGACAUAUGAAGAGAGAUAUGAAUUCUUUGAAUAUCUGACUGGUUAUCGAUCGUCGUGCAAAUAUCACUGUCAAGGAAAUGUGAAUAUUAUUCUUUCUGCACCACAUGGAGGGAAUCAAAUGCCCGAUGAUGUAUCUGAUCGAACGGAAGGUAUAUGUAAAGAUCAAACAGAAGUUCGACGUUAUCGAACGACGGUGGUGAAAGAUUCUCGAACUGAUGAAUUUGCUGAAAAUGUUGCGAAUGCAUUGAAAUCGAAGUGGAACUUCAAACCAUUUGUUAUUAUUGGUAAAUGGCAUCGUGCAAAAGUCGAUUUCAAUCGUCAUAUACAUGAAGGAACAUUGAAUCAUUCAGAAGCGAUAUCUGCUUACGACAGUUAUCAUUCGUAUUUGAACAAUGCAAUUGAACAAGUUAAUCAAUUGUUUGGAAAAGGGCUUCUCAUCGACAUCCAUGGUCAUUCCAAAGGAAAUUAUGCUAUGAUUGGAUAUACGUUAUCGAGUGAUCAAUUGAAUCAAGAUGAUCUAUCGGAUUCUUCGUUUCAAACAUCGAUCGAAUCGUUAUGUUCAACGAACCGUAAUGAAUGCAUUCGUGGUGAAAAUUCCUUUGGAAAUAUAUUCGAACGAAAUGGUUUAGGUAUCGCUUAUCCCUCAUUACUCAAUCCAAAACCGGAAGGGCGAACAUAUUUUGCCGGUGGAUAUAUCGUUCGACAUUAUUUAUCCAAGAUCAACGCUAUUCAAACGGAAUUAGCGUAUAGCACACGGAUGGGACCAGAUGCGUAUGAAAAUGCGCAACUGUUUGCGCAAACUGUUGUGGAAUAUAUGAAAAAGUAUAAUUUGCUGAAAUCACGAUAA